CAUUUGUAUAACAUUAGUGCAUAUAUUCUGAUGUAAUCAAAAAAUUGUCAAUAGUUAUUCAAAAUUUAACACUUAGAAUAAAAAUGAAGUAUUGGCAUUUGAAAUCUCUAUUGUUGAUAAUAUCUUGUGUAAUAUUUAACGGAGCAAUUCAAUAUUCAGAUGACGGAAUAAAAUGCAAAUUUCAAAAAGGUACCACUAGAAAAGCUGCUGAAGAAGGAAACAUAGAAAUUUUAAAAUAUGCUCAUCAAAAUGGAUGUCAAUGGGACGAUGAUACGACUGUUGUAGCAGCUGCAAAAGGUAAUUUGGAAUGUUUAAAAUAUGCCCAUGAAAAUGGAUGUCCGUGGAAUAAAAGCACAACAGAAGCUGCUGCAAAAUAUGGUAAUUUGGAAUGCUUAAAAUAUGCUCAUGAAAAUGGAUGUCCUUGGAAUGGAUUAAAAAUUGUACAAAAUGCUAUUAAAAAUACUGAUUUUGAUAUUUUGAAAUAUGCUCACAAAUAUAUAAAUAAAUUAAAUAUAGUUCUAACUAUCAUUGCUGCUCAUGCAGGUAAUAUAGAAGUUUUAAAAUAUGCACAUAACAAUAAAUGUUUGUGGGAUAAAAGAACAACAAAAGCCGCUGCCGUUUCUGGUAGUUUAAAAUGUUUAAAAUAUGCCCAUGAAAAUGGAUGUCCUUGGGAUGAAAGUACAACAGAAAAAGCAGCUGCUAAUGGACAUUUAGAAUGUUUAAUGUAUGCUCAUGAAAAUAAAUGCCCAUGGAAUAAAAGAACAACUGAAGAAGCUGCUUCAAAUGGUAAACUACAAUGUUUAAAAUAUGCCCAAGAAAAUGGAUGUCCUUGGGAUGAAAGUACAACAGAAAUAGCUGCUGCUAAUGGAUAUUUAGAAUGUUUAAAAUAUGCCCAUGAAAAUAAAUGUGCAUGGGAUGAACACACAACAUAUGUAGCUGCUCUUUAUGGUGAAUUAGAAUGUUUAAAGUAUGCUCAUGAAAAUGGAUGUCCUUGGAAUGAAACCACAACACAAGGAGCUGCUAUAAAUGGUAGUUUAGAAAUUUUAAAAUAUUUACAUAAAAAUAGAUGUCCGUGGGAUGAAAGAACAACGGAAGCAGCUGCUUCUAAUGGUAAUUUGGAAUGCUUAAAAUAUGCCUAUGAAAAUGGAUGUCUGUGGGAUGAAAGUACAACAGAAAAAGCAGCUGCUAAUGGACAUUUAGAAUGUUUAAUGUAUGCUCAUAAAAAUAAAUGCCCAUGGAAUAAAAGAACAACUGAAGAAGCUGCUUCAAAUGGUAAACUACAAUGUUUAAAAUAUGCCCAUGAAAAUGGAUGUCCUUGGGAUGAAAGUACAACAGAAAAAGCAGCUGCUAAUGGACAUUUAGAAUGUUUAAAAUAUGCCCAUGAAAAUAAAUGUGCAUGGGAUGAACGCACAUCACAUGUAGCUGCUAUUUAUGGUGAAUUAGUAUGUCUAAAAUAUGCUCAUGAAAAUGGAUGUCCGUGGGAUGAAAGAACAACACAAGGAGCUGCUAUAAAUGGUAGUUUAAAAAUUUUAGAAUAUUUACAUAAAAAUAGAUGUCCGUGGGAUGAAAGAACAACGGAAGCAGCUGCUUCUAAUGGUAAAUUAGAAUGUUUAGAAUAUGCAUAUGUGAAUAGUUGUCCGUGGGAUGAAAGUACAACAGAAAUAGCUGCUGCUAAUGGUAAAUUAGAAUGUUUAAAAUAUGCAUAUGUAAAUGGAUGUCCGUGGGAUGAAUUCACAACACAAAUUGCUGCUUUUUAUGGUAAAUUAGAAUGUUUAAAAUAUGCAUAUGAAAAUGGAUGUCCGUGGGAUGAAAAAACAACGGAAGCAGCUGCUUCUAAUGGUAAAUUAGAAUGUUUAAAAUAUGCAUAUGUGAAUGGUUGUCCGUGGGAUGAACGCACACCAUAUGUAGCUGCUCUUUAUGGUGAAUUAGUAUGUCUAAAAUAUGCUCAUGAAAAUGGAUGUCCGUGGGAUGAAAGAACAACACUAGGAGCUGCUAUAAAUGGUAGUUUAAAAAUUUUAGAAUAUUUACAUAACAAUAGAUGUCCGUGGGAUGAAAGAACAACGGAAGCAGCAGCUUCUAAUGGUAAAUUAGAUUGUUUAAAAUAUGCCCAUGAAAAUGGAUGUCCGUGGGAUAAUAACACAACAGAAGCAGCUGCUUCUAAUGGACAUUUAGAAUGUUUAAAAUAUGCCCAUGAAAAUGGAUGUCCGUGGUAUGAAAGAACAACGGAAGCAGCUGCAAAAUAUGGUAAUUUGGAAUGCUUAAAAUAUGCCCAUGAAAAUGGAUGUCCGUGGUAUGAAAGAACAACGAAAGCAGCUGCAAAAUAUGGUAAGUUAGAUUGUUUAAAAUUUGCUCAAGAAAAUGGAUGUCCGUGGGAUAAUAACACAACAGAAGCAGCUGCUUCUAAUGGCAAAUUAGAAUGCUUAAAAUUUGCACAUGCAAACGGGUGUCCAUGGAAUAAAGCCACAACUAGAGUAGCUGCAUCAGGAGGCUAUUUAGACUGCUUGAUUUAUGCUCAUGAAAAUGGAUGUAACUGGGAUAAAGAUAUCACAGCAGCAGCAGCUGUGUUUGGUAAUUUAGAUUGUUUAAAAUAUGCCCGUAAACGUGGAUGUAUUUGGGUAGAAGGUACAAUGAGAGUGGUUGCAUCGAAUGGACAUUUAGACUGCAUUAAAUAUGCCCAUGAAAAUGGUUGUGACUGGGAUGAAGGCACAACAAGGGAAGCUGCUGCUAGUGGUUAUAUAGACAUUUUGGUAUAUGCACAUAGAAAUGGAUGUAAUUGGGACAAAGGCACAAUGAGUGGAGCUGCUGCAAAUGGUCAUUUAGACUGUCUAAAAUAUAGUCAUUUAAAUGGGUGUGUGUGGGACGAAGGGACAACAAGACUUGCUGCUGCAAAUGGCCAAUUUGAAUGCAUAAAAUUUGCCCAUGAAAAUUAUUGUCCGUGGAGUAGAGGUACCAUUUAUGAAGCUACUCAAAAUGGUUAUCAAAAUAUAAUUCAUUAUGUCACUGAAAAUGGCUGCCUUAAUUGAUUUUCUGUUGAAAUAUAAUUUUUAUUCAUUUAUGUUGGUUAUUAUUACAUUAUUUUUCAAAUAAAUUAACUUGAAUUUUCAUUUAUAUCUGAGAGGGUAAUGAUUUUCAUAAAAGAAUUUUUGACGGUUUACUUUCUUAAGAAAUAAUAUUUUUGGAUGUAUUACCAAAAAUAAUAUGUUAUAUCAUCUGUAAUUUUAACAUAGAAUUUGCUUGAUAAAAUUUUCUCAGCUGUAAGAAUAAUUUUUCC